CGCGCUUACAAACGCCCAGUGUCUGCCACGAUGGAAUGGCGGAGUCUGUAGUGGUUGUUUUUCUUUUAUUAAAACAAAAUUUCGGACUAUAAAGAAUUACACCCAAGUCAAAUUAAUGACACCGAUGUACGGGAAUAUUUCGCCCUGAGUUUCCCUGUUGGAUUUCGGACGGCCUGGGGGAGAAAAGUAUGAAAGUGACGGUGUGUUUCGGAAGGACGCGGGUAGUUGUGCCAUGCGGAGAUGGAAACGUUCAGGUGCACACGCUCAUACAGGAGGCUGCGGCGAGGUACCGGAGAGCCAUAGCCAAGGAUGCAGGCUACUGGGUUCAGGUCCAUAGGUUGGAACAUGGUGAUGGAGGGAUACUAGACCUAGAUGACGUGCUGUGUGACGUCGCAGACGACAAAGACAGAUUGGUGGCUGUGUAUGAAGAACAGGAGCCCCAUACCGGAGGCGAUGGAACCAGUGCGAGCUCCACAGGCACCCAGUCUCCUGAUCUCUUCUCGGGAGACGUGGUGUGCUCCACCCCUUUGUCUGCAUUCCAAACUUUCCACUCUUACCAACCCAACAGUGAGAUUGAGGUCACACCCUCCACCCUACGCACCAGCAUGCCGUUGCGAGUCAGGCGCAGUAGUGAUCCGGCAUUACUGAACCUGGCAUCGAUGUCCUUUUCUGAACCACUCUCUCAAUCUGAAGAACCUUCCAGAAAGAACCCCAGCCGCUGGUGCACCACGGCAGGCUUCCUGAAGUCCCACUGCUCCUCUGGGAAGGGUAGAAGUUUAGAUACGUACCGGAGUCUUCCCCGUGAUCUAGGCCACUGGACCAAUCAGAGAGAGUUCCAGCGAGACACCACCCGGUCCUCCUUAAGCGCCAAUCACCCAAUGGUGGAUCGCUGGCUUGAGCGGCAGGAACAGGAGGAGGAGAACAGCCGCGCUGAUCCAGUGGGACGUGCCGACACAAGCUUAGAGAACACAGGAGUGAGCUCGCCGGAGGAUAUAGUCCGGCUGGUGGAGGUGUCUAAUGAUGGAGGACCACUGGGUAUCCAUGUUGUGCCUUACAGUGGUCGUGACCGCAGGACUCUGGGUCUGUUGGUGAAGCGUCUAGAGUGGGGGGGGCGUGCCCAGGAGCAGGGCUUGUUCCAGGAGAAUGACUGCAUCAUUCGCAUCAACAACAGAGACCUGUGCAACGUGCGCUUUGAACAAGCUCAAAACGUGUUUCGUCAGGCGAUGCAGUCUGCAUUGAUACUUUUCCAUGUGGUUCCCAUGGCGAUGAGGGCAGAGUAUGAGCAGAUGUCUUACAGCAAUCAUAGCCCUGCCCUCAGCCACACCCACCCUGGCCACUUCAGCCCCGACUCCCUCACCAGUGAGCCAAUCGACGCUCCUGAACUCAACCACUCCCCUCAAAGAACGGCCCAAUACGGGCCAGUCCCACGGAACGAACCUGUACUGCAUACAAUGGGCUCAUUGGGCAAGCCUCCUUCUGGCCCUGCCUCCUUCCCUCCGCGGGCUCCAAGCUCCUCCCACACUCCAGGCUUCAGCAAAAGAGUUGGGCGGAGACUCGGAAUCCAGCUCAAGAAAGGUCCAGAAGGUCUUGGCUUCAGCAUUACCUCCAGAGAUGUUCCCCUUGGAGGCUCCGCCCCCAUCUACGUGAAGAACAUCCUCCCCAGGGGUGCGGCCAUUAAAGAUGGGCAGCUGAAGGCCGGCGACCGGCUGCUGGAGGUGAAUGGAGUUGAUCUCAGUGGGUGUGGUCAAGAGGAGGUGGUGUCCCUGCUGAGGGCGACACCCAUGGGCGGAGCUGUGAAUCUUUUGGUGCUAAGACAGGAAGAGACUUUUCUUCCUAAGGAACUGAACUCAGAGAUUACAGUGCAGGAUUCCAGAGACUUGCUGGAGGAGGAGAUGGUUUUGACUCCUGAUGGCACGCGGGAGUUCCUGACAUUGGAAGUACCCCUGAAUGACUCCGGCUCUGCAGGGUUAGGGGUCAGUGUGAAAGGAAAUAGGUCAAAGGAGAACCAUGCCGACCUUGGAAUCUUUGUCAAGUCCAUCAUCACUGGUGGAGCAGCAUGCAAGGACGGACGGCUGAGAGUGAACGACCAGCUCAUUGCUGUCAAUGGAGAAUCACUGUUAGGGAAGACCAAUCACGACGCUAUGGAAACGCUGAGGACAUCCAUGUCAACAGAGGGCAACAAGCGUGGAAUGAUCCAGCUGAUUGUGGCGAGACGAGUAAACAAGAACAACGAGUGGGAAACCCCAUGUGGUCCUGAGCAGACCCAGAGUCCAGCUCUGGAUGAUGGAGAACGGCGUAUUUCACACACCCUGUACAGAGGCAUCGAAGGUCUCGAUGACAACCUGAGAGCACGAAGCCACAUCAGCAGCAGAGGGCUGGGUCACUAUCAGCUUUCUCCCACGGUCAACAUGACUAAAGAUGACACUGUUAUCAUCGAAGACGGCAGGCCAUCUGUUCUUCCCGCCCACCUCUCUGACCAAUCAUCUUCCAGUUCCCAUGAUGACAUAGCUUUUGCUGUAGAGACUCCACCCCCUUGGCCACAGGAGCUACCCCCCCAGAAUGCGAGUUCUCGGAGUGUAGGAGGAGAGGAUGGAAGUCUCGUAUUUCAGAGGGAGGGCUUCGGAAGGCAGAGCAUGUCAGAGAAGCGCACCAAACAGUAUACAGAUGCCACUCAUCUUGACAUCAAGACUCGCAAGUCAAGGAGCAUGGACAUCGUGGCUGAUGUAAUUAACGUCACCUCUUGCACAGAGAACCAUACAGGCUCUUCAGUGCAUGAUGUUGGACCAUGUCUACGCCUGAGGAAGUCCAGCUCAUUAGAAAGCUUACAGACUGCUGUCAUUGAAGCAGCCCUCAAUGGAGAUGUCCCCUUCCACAGACCACACCCCCACAUUAUAAGGGGGCGGGGCUGUAAUGAAAGUUUUCGGGCAGCCAUUGACAAAUCAUAUGACAGGCCAGCAGCCAAUGAGGAAGAAGCAGAGGUCAUGGAUGCGCUUGAGGAGGGCACAGAAGAGAGCUCUCGAUCAGGGCGGGACUCCUUCUCCACGGUAACUGACCCCACACCACUUCCUGAGCAGCAGCUACCCAAUGGCACCCAGGCUGCACAUGAUGAGAAGAAACAGAAAGGAGGAAAAGAGAGAAAGAAACUAGAAGAGAAAGAGAAGAGUAAAGUGAAGAAAGGAAUGCUGAAGGGGCUCGGAGAGAUGUUGAGGUUUGGGAAGCAUCGUAAGGAUGAUCGAGUUGACAGGAAGUGGAGAGCAGCAGAGACACAGACGUCUGAUGAGGAGACCCAGAGAAUGAGAGAGGAACAGGAGAGGAUGCAGGCUAAGAUGCGGGAGCUGAGAGCGCGUCAGGUGUGGGAGUGGGACUACGCUGAGAUCCAGGACUGUGUUCCAGCCUCUGAACCCAGCCAGCCAAAUCCCUCCCACCAGGCGUCGUUAGAGUGCGGCACAUACCACAGCUACUGCACACCACCGCCCUCGCCCCGUGUGUACGGCAGUGCCCCUGGACAGCCCCCCUCAGACAGGUUGGCGCCUAGCAACCAUGACCGGAUACAACGCUUACGUGAUGAGUUCCAGCAGGCCAGACAGGAAGAAGCCGUGGGGAGCACCGACAGUCUGGAGCCUCCAUGGACCAGCGGUGACACACACACUCAUUCAGGUCGUCACUCUGUGUCGGUGGAGGUGCAGCUGCAGAGACGUGAGGAGAGAGACACAAGGGGAGAGAGAGACAUGCUACGACAGUACAGAUCUCUGCCACGUCACCCUCAUAAGGCUACUGGGAGUGUGUGUGAGGACCCGUGGGAAAAGCUCCACCCAUCCAGUUACCAGGGCUCCCGCUACGCCCCUCACUCCACCCCUCACCCCACCCCUCAUCCUGUCCCCCACCCCUCCUGGAGGAACGGCAUCCCCACCUCCUCAGCGGGUGGAGGCUACAAUGCUCGGGUUUUGUUGGAGGCGCGGGAGCUGCUCCGACAGGAACAGAGACGUCGCGAGCAGGAAGUAAGAGGGGCCUCUGUGCAGGAGGACUAUGAAUCCCAGGAUUCCAAGGGUCCAUACAGACAGGAUGUCCCACCCUCACCAUCUCAGCUGGCUCAGUUGAAUCCACAGCGCAUGCGCACACCUGAGAAGACACGACUGUUCCACUCCUGAGUAGAAGAUGGAGAGAUGAUGAGAGAUGAGAACUGGACAGCAUUAAUAAUCCAGGCCCCAGGCCCUUAGGGUGUGAGAGGAGAGAGAGGUCAAAUAGCAGCAAGCACACAGCUGUCGUCUUCUCACUCAUCCUCUUCUCUCCUCCAAACCCCAGAGCUAACCUCUCUCCACAUGCACACACACACUCCAUCAUAGCAUUUAGCUGAUGCUUUUAUCCAAAGAAUUUGGUGACUUAUUAUUCUGUCACAACUUGAGUAAUUGAGGGUUAAGGGUUUUGUUCAGGGACCCAACAGUGGAAACCUGGCAGUGGUUGGACUUGAA